UGGAGGCUUUUUUCGUAGUAGUAGUAGUUUGACAGAGGAAUCAAAUCAUGAGCGAAGAAGAAGCCCGUCCAUCAUUACCACGCUCUACCGGUGAUGACGCACCAUGGCUCGUUUUUUCCCAAGGCCAGAGCCAAAUUUUCUGUUCAACCUCAAACCCCAAACAUGUCCAUCGCUGUCGAGUCCCGGAGUUGGUCGACAAUCUUAUUAUAGGCUACUCACAAUACGGCUGGUUGAUCCUACGAAGAGAAAUCGACGAUACGACUACAGAAUUCUCUUUGCUGAACCCUAUCACUCUCGAAACAAUCCGACUUCCGAGGCUGAUUAAUUCGACCGGUAGGUUCGAGAGAGGCGAACAUACGUUGCCACCAACCGAUCCCUGCUGCAGAGUCGUAAUCGCAGACAAUGAAACCCCACAACUCGCGCAUUGCAAACCAGGCGGCGGAGCAGAUGAUACAUGGACCGUGCAAACUUUCUCCGAAGAGUUUGGUGCGUUCUGCGGUCUUGUGCUUUGCAGAGGAAGCUUAUACGCCGUCACAGGAAACAGCCAAUUGGUCGAGAUUACAAUGGAUAACAACAACACUCUCGUGGGUAAGAUUCUCGUUGACCAGGGGCCAUUGUCUCUGCCUUAUACCGUAGGAUCACAAAACUGGAACUUGGUUGAAUCAAGCCGGGAGCUCCUCUGGGUAAUUGUGUGCUAUCGCAAAUUUAGUGACAAAGAGCUGGAGUUUGUGCUGGUUUAUGAAUUGGACAAGUCGUCUAUGAGUUGGGUACAAGUCAAUACAUUGAAUGGACGAGCAAUCUUCAUUAGUCCCAACAGAUGCUCUUUCUCUUGUCCAUGCGCCACCAACGGAACAAAACCCAAUUGCAUUUACUUCUUCCUUGGUGGAGACAACUACCGGAAAUUUUUCGCUUUUGAUGUGGAGAGAGGCCAGUCAUCACAGUUUCCUUUGCUUGCGCAUUCAGAAGGACAGACUGAGCUCACCGACGAUGACGAAGACGAUGAACCAAUACCCCAUGUCGCCUUCCUCAGCUACGGAGCAACAGCUCAUCAAACUACUCCUCAAUGCGGCUUAUUUGAUGAAACUACUAGUGAAAAAGAUGUAGAGGAAGCAGAAGCAGAAGCCGAAUCACAGUGUGAAACCCAAAUGGUGGAGGAGGAGAAGCAGAGGGCAUUGAUAUUGAAGCUUCCUUCCGACAUCCUUGCCAACAUAGCAAAAGGAUUGGUUGACUAUAGAAACUUCCGCAACUGCUGCAGGAUACUUAACUCAGCCAUACCCCUUUCGCCUCCACCAUAUCCAUGGCUUUUCUACUUCAAGCACUACAAAGGCAACCUCAAUUUCCUGGACUUGAUGCAUGGGCACACACACGAGAAACAAUUUCAAGAGUCCCUUUCAGAUGCAGAAGUUGUGUUUUCAAAGGAAUGUUGGUUAGUCAUGGGGAUGACGAAGCGCAUACCAAAUCCAGACUUGGAUUCAGAUAUACCAUUGAGGCUUCACAUUACAUUCUAUAACCCUUUUACAAAGGAAGCUCUCUCUGUUGCUGAGAUGAUACCCCUUCCUUUCCCGUCAAUCUUUGGGGUCUCAGCACCACCUACUUCUCCUGACUGCUGCAUAUUUGAACUGUGUGAAGGCUUUGAAAAGGGUGUAAUCUUGAGUUUGAUGAGAUUGGAAGAUCAACAGCUGCAUUUUUUCCUUGAAGCCGACGAGCAGGAUUUUCAACCAAGCUAUCACAAUACUCCAAUUUCUGUAGAUGAUAAGUUCUACUUCUUGGAUAGAGAAAGGAGACUGGGAGUUUUUAGCUCGGGUCAUGGAGAUGAGGGCGAGUUCAAAUGGACGUGGGAUGUAUAUGAUUGGCAGCUAAUGAAUAAUGUUGGUGAGCCGAUUGAAGAUCCUUGUGACGAGCACGGAUUCGAAUUGGAGUACCUGGUGGAGUGCGGAGGCGAAAUCCUCGCAAUAUUGGUGAGUGAUUUUGGCAAGUUGGUCCAAGUUUACAGAUUCAAUCAAGAACAUAAAGGAUGGCUGAAAGUAGAAAAUUUGGGUUCACAUGCGUUGUUUGUCAGCAGGACAGCAUGUUUCUCCACUGUGGAAAAGAUUACCGGAAUGGGGAAUAAGAUCUACUUUCCUAAAGUAUCCGCUAAGCAGCAAAACAUGGUGUUUUAUUCACUAGAUACGCGGAGAUAUCACACAUUUCAUGACUUUGAGGAUGCCAUGGAGGACUUCCAAUCUUCUUGUGAAAUUCAUUUGAGUGGUUGGAUUGAACCUGCCUACGCUCCUUAGAUAGAGCAUAGAAGUAAUAAUAAUUCUUUAUAUAUUUGCACUACAAAUGGUUGCUCUUUGUAAUGUAAGAGUAGGAUUGAAGAUGAUUAUGCAUUUUGUUCCAAGUAUUAUAAAUUUUAACAUUAGUA